UUGAUUGAUUAGGAAUUGAAAGAUAAUUAUCUGGAUUAGUAACUAUUUUUGACCAAUCAAACUUCGGAUGAUAGACAUUUUUGUCUGCGUUUACGCAGAGGAGUCACGUGAUAUAUUAAUGCACCCGCGAAAGAAAACACACGUGGGAACUGUGUUUAUAUUAUUCAUAAAAUGACAAUCUUUCCAAAUUAAUUGUGACAAUAUUAUUAACAAUGGGUGCUUAUUUAACCCAGCCUAUUACUGAAAAGGUUUCCGAGGACAAAGCUUUCAAGGGAAUGACAUACGGAGCAUCGUCUAUGCAAGGAUGGAGAAUAACUCAAGAAGAUGCACAUAAUUGUAUCACAGAUUUUGAUGAAGAAACUGAUACAUCAUUGUUUGCUGUAUAUGAUGGCCAUGGAGGUUCUGAAGUUGCCCAAUAUUGUGCCCAGCAUCUACCAGAUUUUAUCAAGAGUCUUCCUGAAUAUAAAUCUGGUGAUUUAGGAAACUGUUCACAGACAGCUUUUCUACAGUUUGAUGCUACACUAACAGAUGAAGCUGUUAUUAAAGAGUUGAAGAUACUGGCUGGUGAUGAUGAUGGUGGAGAUGAGGAUGAAGCCUCUGCAGCACCAUGUGUACAGAGUGAAGCAGAUAUGUUGAGAGCCGAGGCUAACAUGCCGUUAGAUCAGCUAUUAUCGAAUUACGAACAUUUACCGCCAGGAGCGGCCACUCGCAGCUUAAGAAAAAACGAACAGUUUUGCUCACCUAUGAUCCGUUCUAAGAAAAUAGUUUUUGAAAACAAUGAAGAUGGACCAGGUGGCAGCAGCAGCAGUGUUCAAGAUGGAGUUUCGAGUAGUGACUCGUGUAAUAAUAACUCAUCUAUCGUUCUAUCCCUGGACGAAAAAUUAUUAACAAAUGGACACGCGGACAAUGAAAAUAAUUUGAAUAAGGAAAAAGAAAUACAGGAUAGUUUAAAUUCUAAAAAUGAAAACAAUAACUACGCAGACUCGUUAAGUGAUGCUAGUGAAAGUUCAUUACUCAAACGCGAGGAAAUGCGGAGUAUAUCAAAUGACGCAGAACCAAGUUCUAGCACAGAUAGAAUUAAAUCACCCAUUAAACAGAUUACAUCAGAACCAGAAUGUAGUUCAACUGUAGGAAAUUCUGAGGAUCAUCCAAAAUCCAAAGUUAGUGGACUUUCAUCGUUAUCAAAUUUAUCAUCAUCAUCUUCGUCUGUAGCAAGUAGUUCUAGUGAGAGUGUAUCAAAAGUGGGUGUCUCUGGGUCGUGUAGCAGCAGUGACUCAGGAGUGGCCACAUCCUCAUCCAGUUCCAGUCAGCCUGCUGGUGGCUCUGGGUGCAGCAGUAGCUCUGGCCCCACAGAGUCAAAAGAGUCAGCAUCCAGUUCAUCAGUCCUUGGUGUAUCAACAUCAAAUUCCUCAUCAGCAGGCAGUUCUUCAGAAAUUGGAAAUUCAGCAGCUAGUUCAUCUGAAGCAGGUGGUUCAUCUGAAGCAGGUGGUUCAUCUGAAGCAGGUUCAUCAUCAGGGUCUUCAAGCAGCAGAAACAAAGGUCCUAUAUUUGGUAUUGAAGAUGAUGAAGAUGACGAAGAUGAUGAAGAUGAAGAAUAUGAAGAUAUGGAGAGUGAAGAAGAUGAGGAAGAAGAAGAAGAGGAAGAAGAAACGGAUGGUGAAGUGGAACAGCCUUAUAUGGAUAUGGCAAAUGAGGAGCCAGGGUCAGACAGUGGAUGUACUGCUUGUUUAGCUUUAUUACGAGGUAAACAAUUACUGGUAGCCAAUGCUGGAGAUUCCCGCUGUGUCAUAUCAAGGGCUGGUGUGGCUGUAGAAUUGUCCUUCGAUCAUAAACCAGAAGAUGAUUUGGAGAGAAAAAGAAUAGAAAAAGCAGGGGGGAAAGUAACGGCAGACGGUCGUGUAAAUGGUGGACUGAAUCUCUCCCGAGCAAUAGGUGAUCAUUGGUAUAAACGUAAUACAGAUUUACCAGCAGAAGAACAGAUGAUAUCAGCAUCACCAGAUAUACAAUCUGUAUUGUUAGGAGAUGAUGAUGAUUUUAUUGUUAUAGCUUGUGAUGGCAUAUGGAAUUAUUUGUCUAGUCAGGAGGUCGUUGAAUUUGUUCACGAGAGAAUCCAAUCAGAAGAGAAGAGAAAGAAACCCUCAAUUAUAUGUGAAGAGAUGUUUGAUUAUUGUUUGGCGCCGAAUACAUUUGGUGAUGGAACCGGUUGUGAUAAUAUGACUUGCAUUAUAAUUAUUUUAAACCCGGAUAAAGAACCGACUGUAUACAAUACAAAACGUUCCGCUGAAGAUUUGGACACAUCGAAAACGGACGAACUCCAAGCAAAUAAAAAGCUUAAGAUUGAAGAAGUUCCCAACAGCUCUAAUAACGCAGAAACUGUAAUGGACAUUAAAAAUGAAAUAUCGUCCGAAGCUAAUAUAACAAGUGAUAGUAUGUAGAAAAAUGCCACAGCAGUAAAACUAAUGACAUUAUUGGAAAGUAUAAACUUCAAAUGACAUUAUUGGAAUGUAAAUGGUUCUGAAUUAUAUCAGGACUAGAAUUAAAUCCAUUUUAUCAGAAAUAACAUGUAUUGUGUGUAAUUGUGUUGUAUGCGUUUUGGAUAAAGAAAAGGGUGAAAAUACCUGCUUUGAUGCUAAAUUUCAAUAAUCCCUGUGUUGAUCAGUUUUUAGUACCCCCAAAAUUUUAAAAAGUCUGAAGGAGUUUUUGUUUUAAAAAAAAAAAAGAA